AUGGCGGCGACCGAAGUCGAGAGGAAGAGCAGGAAGAAGUCCUCGCACUCUUCGUCCAAGACUGCGAAGCCGCGCUCCUCUUCUAGGAAACCACGCGUUUCGGCUUCAGUGGCAGACAUGUACUUGCAAGAUUACGCGCCUCCGGUCCAGGCGACCUCUCCUCAGCGUGCAGCAGCAACGAGGCCUCCCCCGACCCUCUAUGGCUAUGCCGCGAGUCCGCCUCAGCACUCCAUUUAUCGCCAGAUGCCUGGGUCCUUUCCAGAAGACAGUUACCGAUAUGGCUCUCCGCCACCGCAGCCUGUUCAGCCAUACGCUAGUCAAUCAACGAUCCGCUUUGCUUCUCCGCCACCCCAAGAACCCCGCGGUCAAGGCCCUUUCGAACAACAAUGGAAUAGUCUCGACCGAAUGGCCGCCAAAUCCUACCUGAAUCUUCGCGAUACGGCUGGAAAGAGUGUCACGAAACUGACGACCAACUGCAUUGAGCGGCCCACCGCAGCUGUCGCUACAAAGAGCAUGCAAACGUUGUGUCGCGGAGCUGCGCUAUACGAUAUGAUUAGUUCGAAGUUCGACGCAGUCAUCACCAGCAUUGAUGACGAUCACUUCAGCGGCAAAGAACAAGACCUCAUGAUGGAGUUCAGCGAGCAGCAGCAAGAAGAGGCUCAGAGAACGAGCCCUCCUCUUGGUGAACCAAGACGCCGACGCCAACACGAAGUGCAAUCCCACUCUAGUAGCGAUAAAGGGUCGAAUCAUUUCUCCAAAGUGUGGCUAUACUCCAACUCCCGAUUACCACCACAUCUGCCGCCUUUCAAGGUAUAUCUACCAACGUAUCCUCUACUUUGCUUGGCCGCAACCUACUCGGAGAAGGCGUACACGCCGCCAGGCACGAAGAAGAAUCCCGAAAUGGAGACUUUCAUUCCUGCUGAUUGGCGUAGCGGCACAAAAGCCAUGGUACUCAAGUCCAUCCCUGUGGAAGAACUGAAUACUAUCGUCUUCGCUAUUCGCGGAAGCCAGACCUUUAUGGACUGGGCUGUCAACUACAACUCGGCACCCCACAGCCCGGAGAAGUUUCUUGACGACCCGUCAAACCUGUGCCACGCUGGCUUUCUCUACGUGGCCAAGAAGAUGAUCAAGCCCGUGGCAGAACGGUUGAAGGUCUUGCUCCAAGAAAACCCCGCGCGUUCAAACUGCAGUCUACUCAUCACCGGACACUCCGCGGGCGGAGCAGUCGCGGCCCUGCUUUACGGACACAUGAUGAGCACAAAGAUCAAUUCUGAGCUUAAUUACCUGACCAGCUUCUUCAAGCGCGUGCACUGUGUCACGUUCGGUGCGCCACCAGUCAGUCUGCAUCCUUUGAAGAAGCCUGAUGACAAGCGACAUCGUAAAAGUCUCUUCUAUGCCUUCAUCAACGAAGGCGACCCGAUACCGCGAGCGGACAAGAGCGUGCUGAAAAGCUUGCUGAAACUCUAUGCCAGUCCAGCACCUGUCGCGGCUUCUAACCUUGCUUCGACCGUUGCAUCGAUGUCUAAACCCAGCCUUCUAGACCCUUCGCGGUCUUCCCCACCGAAACCGAAAUCGAACGAGUACGGCCUCGUCCUCGCCGCCUGCGUCUCCACCUUCUUCGUCGGCGCCUGGCACGGCGGCCGCGUCGGCGGCUUCCGCAAAGCAGCCAAGAUCCCCUACCCCUACGAAUACGCCUCGUACGAGCAAGUGCAAACCGCGUCGCCGCAAUCCAAAGCCGCAAUGCUGGCCUUCAACUCGGCGCAGCGCGCGCACCAGAACUUCAACGAGAACCACGUCACCGCCCUCGGCGCCAUGCUCAUCAGCGGACUGAGAUAUCCUGUUGCGGCGGCGGUAUUGGGCGCAGUGUGGAGUGUGAAUCGCGUGGUUUACGCGGUGGGUUACACCAGGAGUGGCGAGGAUGGUGGCAAGGGGAGGUACUAUGGCGCGCUGUGGAUGAUUGCGCACUAUGCCAUGGUGCUUAUGAGCGGCAAGGCGGCUUACGAUCUUGUCAUGGCUUGA